GGAAGUGACGUAGCAAUGGCGGAGGGGCGCGAGGUUUCAAGAUGGCGGUUGCUGGAUAGCUGACCGGGAGGCAGAGGUGAAGGCCCCUACCAAGUCAAAGAGGCCGAAAAUCGUCCUCUCCCCGCUCCUUGUAGUCCUAGAGCCCAGCAGAAGUGUUUUAUAAGAAGGAAAUCCUUGACAGGGUAAAGUAGUUGCCAUUGGAACAACUUGGAAGCAUUUCGCAAAAGUCAAGGCAAUUGAACACUUGCUGAAAGAGACAUUAACUAAUAACAAACUUGUCUGAUGAGAUCUUCAUAAAGAAGGAAAGGCUUGGACGUUCUUACUUUGAUGCAGCUUUUGGUGUUUUUUUAAUGAACAAGUGAACCACACAGAUUGUCAACAUGGGACGGAGAUCUACAUCAUCCACCAAGAGUGGGAAAUUUAUGAAUCCCACAGACCAAGCCCGAAAAGAAGCCCGGAAGAGAGAGUUAAAGAAGAACAAAAAACAACGCAUGAUGGUACGAGCUGCAGUUUUGAAGAUGAAGGAUCCCAAACAGAUUAUCCGGGACAUGGAGAAAUUGGAUGAAAUGGAGUUUAACCCAGUGCAACAGCCACAGUUAAAUGAGAAGGUGCUGAAAGACAAGCGUAAAAAGCUGCGUGAAACCUUUGAACGUAUUCUACGACUCUAUGAAAAAGAGAAUCCAGAUAUUUACAAAGAAUUGAGAAAGCUAGAAGUAGAAUAUGAACAGAAGAGGGCUCAACUUAGCCAAUAUUUUGAUGCUGUCAAGAAUGCUCAGCAUGUGGAAGUGGAGAGCAUUCCUUUGCCAGACAUGCCACACGCUCCUUCCAACAUCCUGAUCCAGGACAUUCCCCUUCCUGGUGCCCAGCCACCGUCCAUCCUUAAGAAGACCUCAGCCUAUGGACCUCCAACUCGGGCAGUUUCUAUCCUUCCUCUUCUCGGACAUGGCGUUCCACGUUUGCCCCCUGGCAGGAAACCUCCCGGUCCUCCUCCAGGUCCACCUCCCCCUCAAGUCCUACAAAUGUAUGGCCGUAAAGUGGGCUUUGCCCUAGAUCUUCCCCCUCGUCGGCGAGACGAAGACAUGUUAUAUAGUCCCGAACUUGCUCAACGGAGUCAUGAUGAUGACAUUUCCAGCACCAGUGAAGAUGAUGGCUAUCCUGAGGAUAUGGAUCAAGACAAGCAUGAUGACAGUACUGACGACAGCGACACUGACAGAUCAGAUGGAGAAAGUGAAGGGGAUGAAUUUGUGCACCGUGAUGAGAAUGAAAGAGAAAACAAUGAAGAAAAAAAGUCAGGUCUGAGUGUACGAUUUGCAGAUAUGCCUGGGAAAUCAAGGAAGAAAAAGAAAAACAUGAAGGAGCUGACUCCUCUUCAAGCUAUGAUGCUGCGAAUGGCAGGUCAAGAAAUCCCUGAGGAAGGACGGGAAGUAGAGGAGUUUUCAGAGGACGAUGAUGAAGAUGAUUCUGAUGAUUCUGAAGCAGAAAAGCAAUCACAAAAACAGCAUAAAGAGGAAUCUCUUUCUGAUGGCACAUCUGCUUCACAGCAACAAGGUCCCCCACAGUCUGUUCCUCCUUCUCAGAUACAAGCACCUCCCAUGCCAGGACCACCUCCUCUUGGACCACCUCCUGCUCCACCUUUACGGCCACCUGGACCACCUACAGGCCUUCCUCCUGGACCACCUCCAGGAGCUCCUCCAUUCCUGAGACCACCUGGAAUGCCAGGACUCCGAGGGCCUUUACCCCGACUUUUACCUCCAGGCCCACCGCCAGGCCGACCCCCUGGGCCUCCCCCAGGACCCCCUCCAGGCCUGCCUCCUGGCCCACCUCCCCGGGGACCCCCACCAAGGCUACCUCCCCCUGCACCACCAGGUAUCCCCCCACCUCGUCCUGGCAUGAUGCGCCCACCUUUGGUGCCUCCACUCGGACCUGCCCCACCUGGGCUUUUCCCACCGGCUCCUUUGCCAAACCCUGGAGUUUUAAGUGCUCCACCCAACCUGAUUCAGCGACCCAAGGCUGAUGACACGAGCGCAGCCACCAUUGAGAAGAAAGCCACAGCAACCAUCAGUGCCAAGCCACAGAUCACCAAUCCCAAGGCAGAGAUUACUCGAUUCGUGCCCACCGCACUGAGGGUCCGUCGGGAGAAUAAAGGGGCUUCUGCUGCUCCCCAAAGAAAGUCAGAGGAUGAUUCUGCUGUGCCUCUUGCCAAAGCAGCCCCUAAAUCUGGUCCAUCUGUUCCCGUCUCAGUACAAACUAAGGAUGAUGUGUAUGAAGCUUUCAUGAAAGAGAUGGAAGGGUUACUGUGACAACUUUUGAUGCCUAAACACACUUCUGUUCAUGUCUUUGGUGCGUGGAGAAAGAGGCUCUUAGGAAACUUAGGCAAAAGAGCUACUUUCACUGGCAGGGUAUUUUUUAAUUUCAGAUGAGGGAAUAUCUUAAAGUUUAGCCUCGUUCAGAAUUCAUUGUAUUUGAGAGGGUAUUUCACUGAGAAUUAAUUGGUUACUGAAGCAGUGCUGCUAAUAUCUAUUCCCUUUCAUACCACCAUUUUCAUCCCAUUUCUCCCCUCUCCGUUUGGAAACUUGUGAUCAGGGCGAUCUUUGUUACUUAUUUCUUUUGAUUCUCUUCUUGUGUGCUGUGGGCACUGGAGUAGAGAUUUUGGGGAAAAAACAGUUUAUUUCACCCCCAUCUUGUCUUUUGUGUUUGAAUUAUUUUUAAUAUUUUCUUGUAAAUAUUUUGUAAUAUUGUAGUGAAAUGGAUCACAAUGUCAUUUCCUAAUACAAAAACGAGAUGUGUGGGAAGACAAUGUACAAUUGUUUGAUUAAAAUUAUUUCCCACUGACCUAAACUUUGAGUGUUUCGUGGAAUAAAUAAAUAAAUGUUCUACACCAAGA